AUGCCGAUCUCUUCAACGCCGUAUCAAUUGCCGAUAUACAGUCAGCAAACGUGGUGGCUGAUUGUGGCGCCACAGCCCCAUAUCAACGCGUUGCCGGUCAACGCGCCCACGCUCAACUUGCGACCAGCAUCUAACUACAGUGACGCAAUACCACAACCACUGAACACAACUCAACGCGAACAAUCGCAAAGUCAUCGCGACUAUCGUGGUUUUCGCUGCAUAGUCAUGGUAUCACCCAACAAAGAUCCCUACGACUUUCCAGCUUCCCCGUUAAAGACUCGAGACGCUAUGACUGCGGAGACCCCUUCCAAGGAAGAUGGCUUGGCCCAUCGCGAGAAGCCCGACACUACCAAGGCUUCUCCUGCGUUGAGAACCGGAACUCCUCGUGGAAAUACUCCUCGAGGCGCAACCCCACGAACUUCAUCUCGAGUUGGCACACCCAAGGCUGGCACUCCGCGCGGAACCCCCAAAGUCAGCACCCCUAAAACAGAAACCCCCGCGAAGAAAUCUGGCCCCGUCGUCUCCGAAUCCCCUGCCGAACCCGCCGAGAAGAGCCCUGAGAAGAACGGCGACAAGCUCAAUGGAGACGAAGUGAGCGGUGUUGAGGUCAACGGCGAUGCGCCAAAACCCGCCAAUCCCGGUUUUAAGGAAGACGUGGCGAUUGACGAGUUCGUUGAGCAUCGCGUUGACCCCGACAACUCGAUCGUCGACAUCAAAGUCAAAUGGGAAGGCGGCGAAACCUCCUGGGAGUCGGAAUGGAGUCUCCAAGAGCAGGUUCCCACGCUCGUCUACAAGUACUGGGAGAAGCUUGGAGGUCGAGAGGAGGCGACCCAGCUGGACGUUUAUCACGUGUUCAAGAUCCUCAAGUGUAUCCCUGCCGCUGGCAGGAAGAAGAGCAGCUACCAGGUCCAGUGGGUCGGAUACAAACAAAACGACUCUACCUGGGAGAACGAAGAGAAGCUGCGAUUGAUCGCACCGGGUGAGCUGGAGAAGUUUGAGGCUAAGCAGUUGGCUAGCGGCGCUUCUGCUGAGAAGCGCAAGACUGCACGUGGGCCUGGACGACCUCGCAAGAAGCCCCGAUACGACGACUAA